AUGACCACCAACAACCUACUCCCAUCCACAACAAGAUCAGCCAUAACCACCACCACCACUCUCCAUUGGCUCUACAUCACCAUCACCAUCCUCCUCCUCCUCACGGCCCUAACCGCCGCCGACCCCGCCCUCACCCAGCAAGCCACGACCAUCAUCGUCGUCACAGUGACCGCCACCACCGUCGCGACGCCCACCGUCCCCCACCCACCCUCCUACACCUCGUUCGACCUCUUCGCCAACACCAUCCUCAGCGUCACCAACACCUACCGCCAAGCCCACAAUGCCAGCAACCUCAUCUGGAAUAAGAGCCUGGCCGAGUACGCGAAGAAAUGGGCCGAAGGGUGUAAAUGGGCGCAUUCGCACAGCCCCUACGGCGAGAACCUAGCCUUUGGGUUCCCGAACGCCUCGGCCGCCGUCGCCGCCUGGGGCGACGAGGGCCUGCGCUACAACUUCCGGGAGCCGACGGGGUUCACCGAGGAGACGGGCCACUUCACGCAGCUGGUGUGGCGGGCGACGACCGAGGUGGGCUGCGCGGCGGUGGACUGUGGGGUGAAUGUGAAUGAUGGGAAGGAUUCGCAGGGGACGAAGAAUGGGGAUACUGCCAACAAGAAUGGUAGCAACAACGGGGAAGGCAUCAAUGGCAUCCAGCGGCCGCAGGGCUGGUACGUGGUGUGUGAGUAUACGCCCCCGGGGAAUGUGAUCGGGGGCAAUGAGAAGCUGGGCGAUAAGGCGUUCUUUCGCAUCAAUGUGCAGGCGUCGAGUACGUAUUCGGGGCCGUGGCAGACCGCCGGCAAUAAUGGGGGGAGUAAGACUUCCGUUGCGUCGAGUACGUCGGGAGCUGCUGCUGCUGUUGCUGCUGUCUUAAGGGGAAAGGGUUGGCGGUGGGUUGUUUAUGGGCUUGUUGUUCUGGGGUCUGGGGGUCUGGGUCAGUGGGUGGUGGAUUAUCUGGUUGUUUAG